CCAGUUUUGUUUUUUGUUUAAUUAUGAUGAUCUCAUAGAUGAUCUCUGUUUCCAUUUCCAUCACAAACCUUAGUCAUAGGAGCCAAGAGAACAGAGAGAGAAAAAAAACAGAGCUAUGUCAGAUUACUCUUCCUUCAUUUUCUUUCACUUACUCAUCAUAAUCUUCCACGCUUCAGGGCAAGACCCUCCUUACAUCGGUCACUUUUGUGGUAACAGAGCAAACUUUACCAGAAACAGCACCUACUACUCCAAUCUCAGAUCACUCUUAUCUGCUCUUUCCCGCCCUAACGCUUCUUACACUACCGGAUUCCUUAGCGCCACCGUGGGGACAGGUUCCGACACCGUCACAGGCCUUUUCCUUUGCCGUGGAGACAUCAUACCUGAAAUCUGUGGCGACAAUGCUCUGUACGCAGUCGACGACGCUCUCACCCGUUGUCCCGACCAGAAAGAGGCCACGAUUUGGUACAACCCUUGCACCCUUCGAUACUCAGACAGAAACAUUCUCUCUACCCUUGCUACCAGCCCAGGCGUUCUUUUGACCAACACCAACAAUGUAACGGCUGAGCUAAGAGACCGGCUCAGAGAUGUUCUCAACUCAACCAUGGACGAUGCAGCGAGGACUGCAGUGAAUAGUUCCCGUAAGUUCGCUUUAAAGAAAACGGAUUUCACGCCGACCAAGAGAUUCUACGGGUUGGUUCAGUGCACGCCUGAUCUUACUAGUGAUGAGUGUAACGUUUGUCUUCGCCGAGCCAUUGAUGGAUUGCCUCGCGAGCAAGUUGGUGGAAGAAAUCUUCUUCCAAGCUGUAACGUAAGGUACGAGCUUUACCCAUUCUACUCAGAAACCUUGGCUCCUCCACCGCCACCGCCAAAUUCAUCUUCUGUCUUCCGUCAGCCACCGCCUGCAAACCCGAAACCAAGAGUUUACAAAAACUCAACUUUGAUGAUCGUUGCCAUUGUUGUGCCAAUUGCUGUGGGGUUACUGCUUUUUGCAGCUUUGCAGUUUUACUUCGUAAAGCGAUUGAAGAAGCGUUACGACACUAGUGCUUCUAAUGAUGGGUCAUUACAGUUUGAUUUUAAGACAGUUGAAACUGCCACAAACAAAUUCUCUGAUAGUAACAUGCUAGGUCAAGGAGGGUUUGGCGAAGUUUAUGAGGGUGUGUUAACUAAUGGAACCAAAGUUGCAGUGAAGAGACUAUCAAAAUCAUCAGAACAAGGAGUGGAUGAGUUCAAGAAUGAGGCUACUCUUGUAGCAAAGCUUCAGCAUAGAAAUCUUGUAAGGCUUCUUGGGUUUUGUAUUGAAGGAGAAGAGAAGAUCCUAGUCUACGAGUUUGUCCCAAACAAAAGCCUCGACUACUUCCUCUUUGAUUCUACAAAGCAAAUUGAGUUGAACUGGACAAAUCGGUACAAGAUUAUCGAAGGGAUUGCUCGAGGAGUUCUUUAUCUUCAUCAGGAUUCACGACUCACCAUCAUACACCGUGAUCUCAAGGCCAGUAACAUCCUCUUAGACACUGAUAUGGAACCCAAAAUAGCAGAUUUUGGGAUGGCAAGAGUUUUUGGAAUGGACCAAACUCAGUCUAAUACAAGCAUAAUCAUCGGUACCUUUGGUUACAUGUCUCCGGAGUAUGCAAUGCAUGGACAAUUCUCUAUGAAGUCAGAUGUCUAUAGCUUCGGAAUUAUAGUUCUCGAGAUCAUAAGCGGCAAGAGAAAUAGCACCUUCUACCAAACUGAUGGUGAUGUUGACUUGGCCACAUAUGCCUGGAGGAUUUGGAAAGAAGGAGCACCGGAAGAAUUGAUAGAUCCUGUAAUAAGAGAGAUCUGUGUGAAAGAUGAAGUCAUACGAUGCAUCCAUAUCAGUUUACUAUGUGUUCAAGAAGAUCCUGGAGAUCGUCCAACAAUGGGAACCAUCAUAAUGAUGCUUCAUAGUAAAAUAAUGAACCUACCAGUUCCUCACCAGCCAGGAUUUAGCUUUUCCAAUCAAGAUGAAUCGGAGACCAAUGUUGCAGCAGAUGUAUCAGAAUCUAUUACUUAUGAUGCAUCCAUCAGUAAUACUCUUCCUCGUUGAAAGUUUAUGUUAGAAUUUAAAAGACAUGGUUUGCUAUUAAUUUUUGUUCCAUUGUUUCUUUUUUUUUUGUUCCAUUGUUUCUUUGUGUGGUGUA